AUGUCCGAGCAACCUCUCAAGGCUCUAUUCUUCGAUACAUUUGGUACUCUCGUCGAGUGGCGCGCGUCUGUGUCAGAGGAACUCGCAAGAGCGACGCAAAAAGCCCUCAAUGAUCAAACCAAGACUAUCCCCGCAGAUGUGCGCCAGCGUGCUGAGGCUUUGACCUCGUCAGACUGGCAAAAGUUUGCGGCUGAAUGGCGCAAAUCAUAUGGCACUUUUACAUCUACAUUUGAUCCAUCGAAAGAUGAGUUCGUCUCGGUGGACCAACACCACUACAAUGCGCUUCAGGGUCUUCUGAAGAAGCGGGGAAUCAGCGGCUUAUUCGAUGAUAAAGAGCUGUGGGAGCUGGCGUUCACAUGGCAUCGUCUGCAUCCAUGGGCAGAUAGCUCUGAGGGCUUGGUUCAGCUGAAUAAAAAGUUUAUCACCUCGACACUGUCGAACGGAAAUUUAUCUCUGCUAAAGGAUCUUGCGAGCUUCGGGUCAUUGCCAUUUACUCGACUUACCAGCUCGGAAGAGUUCGGUGCCUAUAAGCCCAAUCCCAAGGUUUAUAAGGGCGCCGCAGGCAUUGUCGGUCUUGAGCCAUCUCAGUGCGGCAUGGUUGCGGCCCACCUAUACGAUCUUAAGGCUGCCAAAGAAUGUGGGUUUCAUACGACGGUCUAUAUUGAGCGAGAGGAAGAGGAGGCAUUCACUCCAGAGCAGAUCGAGCAGAGUAAGAAGGAUGGAUUUGUCGAUAUCUGGGUUGGGCUCAACGACGGAGGCCUCCUGGAAGUGGCCCGGAGACUACGGGUUGAUGGUUGA